AUGGGGCACACCUGCUGCUCCAAACAGAAGGUCAGGAGAGGCUCAUGGUCUCCUGACGAGGAUCAGAAGCUCUUCAACUACAUGUCCACCCAUCAUGACACCUCCUGGCCCACUGUUGCUAAAGAAGCAGGGCUGGAAAGAUGUGGAAAAAGCUGCAGAAAUAGAUGGCUAAACCAUCUAAGACCAGGAUUGAAGAAAGGCUUAUUCACAGCACAAGAGCAAAUGACUAUUAUAUAUUUGCACAGGGUUUUAGGCAACAGGUGGUCUCAGAUAGCAAGACAUUUGCCCGGAAGAAAUGACAAUCAGGUGAAGAACUUCUGGAACUCUUGCAUAAAAAAAAAGUACUUGGCUCAUGGUUUAGAUCCUCAGACUCAUAAGCCAAUCUCUACUGAUCAUGGCGCAACUAAGGAUGAUGGGGAGAACGAUGGAGGAGUAAUUAUAGGAGACGGGUAUCUGGACCUGUCGCUAGGUAAUGAUGUACUGUUAACAUUACCUGAGCUUGGUGAAGGCGCAACUAAGGAUGAUGGGGAGAACGAUGGAGGAGUAAUUAUAGGAGACGGGUAUAUGCGCCUGUUGGCAGUUGUACUUGUAAGCGAUGGGGGUGGGGUGGCGCUGGAAGAGGAAGAGGUGGUAAGGGUAGUCAAUAGUAGAAGCAGCAAGCAAGGAAGGAGGAUGAGAAGAGAGCAGCUUGGAAACAUUGUUAUUGUUCCUGCCGCAAGAUCACCUGUUCAGAGAGAAUAUCUUCAAUUUGUGAACAGAAAUGGUUAUUUGACUUUGGAUAAAAAUUAA